UUAGAGUCCCAGUCCAGUAUCCAAACUCUCAAGGCCCAAAAAAUCGUGACCUCCUUCAACCUCCAUCUCCAAUUCUUCCAUUACAAUAUACCAGAAUCAAGAAUAGCUUUAAGUAUCAACAGAAACUAAAACCCUAAAACCCGAAAUCACAAAGAGAGCAUUUUAUUUCACCAACAUAACAGCUGCAACGAUAAAAACAGCAACAGCAGCAAAAGAAAAAAAAAUAAAAACAGAAAUGGAUAAUAAACCAAGAAAACGCGGUAGAAAACCCAAGGAAACUCCAGCAACAGAAACCAUGGAUUUUCAAAACGAGACCGUAUCUCUCCCCACCACCGCUACCACAACAGAAACACCACAAACAAGCAAUAGCCCGCCUCCCCCUCGGCGUGGAAGGCCAAGAAAAGUAGGAAAACACACAGAGAUAUCAGAACCCAAAUCAUCAGAAAGGAGACUGACACGACACAGAGAGCAAAACGGAGAAAUCCAUUUACCGAGUGGUGAUAUUAGACAUAAUAACAAUAAUAAUAAUAAUAAUGUUGGGGUUGUUGGGGUUGCAGAGUGGGAGAGUGUAGUGAAAGUGGUAGCAUCAAUGGAUGCAGUGGUGAAGGUGUUUUGUGUGCAUACAGAGCCGAAUUUUUCGCUGCCUUGGCAAAGGAAAAGGCAGUAUAGUUCGAGUAGUAGUGGGUUUAUUAUUGGAGGAAGGAGAGUUUUGACUAAUGCUCAUUCUGUUGAGCAUCAUACUCAAGUUAAGCUUAAAAAAAGAGGGUCUGAUACCAAGUAUUUGGCUACUGUUUUGGCUAUUGGCACUGAGUGUGAUAUUGCAUUGUUGACUGUUAAUGAUGAUGAAUUUUGGGAGGGGGUUACACCUGUGGAGUUUGGAAAUUUGCCUGCUCUUCAAGAUGCUGUUACAGUUGUGGGUUAUCCAAUUGGAGGUGAUACGAUCUCUGUGACAAGUGGUGUUGUCUCACGCAUAGAGAUACUAUCUUAUGUUCAUGGUUCAACUGAACUUUUGGGCUUGCAGAUAGAUGCAGCCAUAAACUCGGGAAAUUCUGGAGGGCCUGCCUUCAAUGACAAGGGAAAAUGUGUUGGUAUUGCAUUUCAAUCCCUGAAACAUGAAGAUGUGGAGAAUAUCGGCUAUGUUAUACCCACACCAGUUAUAACACAUUUUAUUCGUGAUUACGAGAAGAAUGGGGCCUAUACAGGCUUCCCAAUUCUUGGUGUUGAGUGGCAAAAGAUGGAAAAUCCUGAUUUGCGCUUGUCAAUGGGGAUGGGACCUGAUAUAAAGGGUGUUCGCAUCAGAAGAAUAGAACCUACAGCUCCAGAAUCCAAUCUUCUGAAGCCAUCUGAUGUUAUCCUAAGUUUUGAUGGGGUUAAAAUUGCUAAUGAUGGAACAAUUCCAUUCCGGCAUGGGGAGAGAAUCAGUUUCAGUUACCUUGUUUCUCAAAAGUACACUGGGGACAAAGCUAUGGUUAAAGUUCUCCGCAAUUCAGAGAUACUUGAAUUCAACAUAAAACUUGCUAUCCAUAAACGGUUAAUCCCAGCACAUAUCAGGGGCAAACCACCUUCUUAUUACAUUAUUGCUGGAUUUGUUUUUACUGCGGUAUCUGUUCCAUAUCUGCGUUCUGAGUAUGGAAAGGACUAUGAAUUUGAUGCUCCUGUCAAAAUUUUAGACAAGCAUCUACAUGCUAUGGCACAAUCUGUAGAUGAACAAGUUGUUGUUGUCUCGCAGGUUCUUGUGGCUGAUAUAAAUAUUGGAUAUGAAGAUAUUGUCAACACUCAAGUUCUUGCAUUCAAUGGCAAGCCUGUGAAGAAUCUGAAGAACUUGGCCUACAUGGUGGACAGCUGUAGUGAUGAAUUUUUAAUGUUUGACCUAGAAUACCAACAGAUAGUGGUCCUACAUGCCAAGAAUGCCAAGGCGGCAACACUAGAUAUCCUUGCAACGCAUUGUAUACCAUCUGCUAUGUCUGAUGACCUCAAAACUUGAGGAAACAUUUCAGUUAAAUGUACUGAGUAGUCGAGCUUCUUUCAAGUAUCCUCCUGAACUCAGUGUAAUGUGCCAGCUACAUUUGGCUCAGUGCAUGGAAGCUUGCAGUCCAGUUACUUCCUUCUGUCAUAUGCCUGCUGUGGGGUUGCACUACUUUGUCUCCGUUGGAACAAUUGUAGUUAAGGCUUUUAUUUUCUUUAUACUUCUACUUACAUAUUAGCAAAGCAGAAGGAUGCAGGGAUGAUUUGAUAGUUGAUCUCCCGGGGCCCUGCUGGUAAAACUAUGUCAUCAUAUAAGGCCAUGUAUAAUUUUGUAGCUCCAGUUUAGCAUAGGAUUAAUUAGCUGAGUAUGCCAUCAUGAAUUCUGUGUUUCAAAUAUUCAAUUUUGAACAUCAGAUUUGCCAAGUUCAGUUGCAAA